AUGGGCGCGAGCUCUCCAGUGACAUCGGGAGUAGAAUUUGAAGAUUUGAAAAAGGCCCUUGACGAAACCUCGGUCAGUACAGAGAAUGUUGUAAAGAACCAUGUGAAGAAGAUUUACAAUUCUGCAGAUAUUGUGAAUAGCCUGCUGAAUGUCGAGGGUAUCGAUCCCAAUGCAGUUGUUCAUAGUGAGUUGUCAGACAAUGAUGUGUCGGAGAACGAGGACGCUGGGGAACCUAUACAGCGUCGACCUAUGACAGUGGAAGAAAAGGAAGAGGUUGAGGAUCAGAUGAAGGCUGCCUCUUACCACAGAGAUGCAGAUGACGUUGUUCUCGCCCACGCGUGGUCUUUUUGGAUCGAUAAGAACGUGAAGAAGGGUGUUUCGGAAGAGUCGUUCAUGGAUUCUCUGCAUCUAUUGGGCACGUUCAACACGUCUCAUGGGUUCGCUGAACUUAUGCUGCAAUACAGUGACGAGCUCAUCAAUAUCCACAACCAGAGUGAGAAGUGCAAUAUUCGCUUGUUUAAGGAAGGCAUCUUACCCACACGUGAGGAUCCUGUCAAUAAGACAGGGGGGCAAUACGUAGUCUUUUUGCCGAAGGAUCGUAGUGAGGUGAAGAGAUUGUGGUUGGAUUUCAUGAUCAGCUGCAUUGGAGGCAACUUGUCGUUGCGAGGCUCAAUCAACGGACUGGUUCUGGCCAUGAAGAAGAGAGGAGAUACAGUGGCUGUAUGGAUUGAUCGCGGUUGCCAUCCAAGUUUCUACACAGAACAGAAGAACAACAUCACUACCGCUACCAGCAUGGAUGAGCACACGCGCAUCAAGUACAACAAUCACUUCAUGCACUCGAGACAGAACUCUAAUCAGCCUACGUCCAGACAAAACUCCAAUCAGGGUAGUAGAAAUGUGUCGCCGUUCGCCAGUCCCCGUACCAGGCGCAAAUCUUGUGAGAAUAAUCUGAACUUCAGUCCUCUGCCGAACAGAGGAUCAUCCCCGAUGACUUUCAGACAGGCUUCGUAUGAGCCUGAUAGCCGAGCUGGCGGUCCUAGGAAUGCCAACGCAUUCAGAAGCAGUCCUUCGCUAGGUCCUAACAAUAACGGAGGCUUCCGUAGCCCUCAACCCCAGAGGACCAGCAGACAGCCAUCGUACAACUCGGAAGAUCCCGGAAACACUCGCAGCCCUCAACCCCGAAACAGUAGUGAUUUCAGGCGCAACACCUCUUUUGAUCCCGAAGGAAAUCUUCGUCGAAACGAUAGGUAUGCUUCAGAAAGCAAUAUGAAUCGGAUCGGCGCUUAUCGACCCCCUGGCUCCUCGAACGAUCGUGGUAGGGACAUGGAAGCGAAGAGUGUUGGAUCUCUAGCCCCCAACGGUGGUGCACGAAGCCCAAAUGUUGUGCGCCAGCCAUCAAACGAGCUUCAACAACGUAAAUCUGACGCUUCAACUUCUUGGAGGUCUCCACGAGCCGCUCAAAAAAAGAGUUCGCUUGAGUUCGAGGCCAUGUCGUCAGCAGCAUCUUUCGAGGGCAUGGACAAGACCGAUUCCUCUAAAGCCAGCACGGCGGGCGAGGACAAAGCGGCUGCUGGAAAUUCUACUGGCACAGCCGAGGCGAAGAAGAAGAACAAUAAGAACAGGAACAAGAAGAAAAAUCCCCAUCGAAGUGAUAGCAAGCCUAACGGUGAAAUGAAUGGUAGCGCCACUAAAGGAAAGCCUGCUAGUCCAAAACCUGGCAAGAAGUCUGCUAAUAGUACCAGUGGAAAACCUGACGCGGCUAAAACUAGCACCACCGUUGAAAUUCCUGCUGAGCCUAGCAAGUAGACAAAUGUCGUGCCAGCAAGAUGAUGUUGGAUCGGAUAAGCUACGUUCGAAGAAUAACAUAUGUUGAUCUGCUCUCAAAACACGGCAAAGUCCUUGGAUGUUGUCAGUGGGGACACGUGCUAUUGUUUUAUUAAAAUAGAUCGCGGCUUGUCAUUUGCAAGGAUUCAGUUCGGGUUUGAACUAAAUUUCAUUCUCAUUCUAUAGUUCAUAAGUUAGUACAGGGAUGCUUCAUCUCGUACACGUGAAUUACCCAAAACAUUCCUGGAACAGAUGCGUUACUUUUUUGGCAGAGGGUCAAUUGGUCACGCAUGUAUAUUUUACAGCCAGCCCAGCCCAGUCCUCAAAUACGGAGUCCGUCAGCCCUUUCUCUUCUCGCCAUCUGACCUACAAUGGCGCACUAUACAAUACAAGCAAAUACAGGUGCUCUCAGUGCCUCUGACAGAGACUGCCUGCUGUUUACGCGAAAGUUGACUGGCAUUAAGUAGCGAUUGCAUUCUGCUGGUUCGAUACCGAGUUCACAUGUAUCGGUUCCCAAGUUUGUGUGAGGCAAGUUACUACCGUAGCUCGAUUGAAUGAGGAAAUAAAAAACAAAUUAUGCA